AUGGAGCCAACUACAAAUGUAAAAAAAAAUGGGAACAUUUACCACGAUAAUAGAGGAAAUGAUGAGAAAGAAGAAGAUAUAAAAAAUAACAGAAACAAUAUAGUGACUAAAAUGAAUAAUAAUAAUGAAAAGAUAUAUAAACGACUCCAAGAUAUCACCCAAAAUUCUGAAAUAAAAUCAUUUAACCAAAAUGUUAUACUAUGGAGUUCAUCAUUUUUUAGCUUAAAGGAAGAGGAUUUAAAAAUAUUUGGAAAUGAAAUAAAAAAAAGAAAUAUAUUCAAAAGAUGUUUUCAAAGAAUUCAUAAAAACAAAAGGAGAAGGUGUAUGUCAUUUAAUCCAUAUAGAGUUCCACUAUCAUGUAAAAAAGUAACUUUUGAUGAAAUGCUAAUUUCUGAACCUAAGAUAAUGAAAAAAAAAAAAAAAAAAAAAAAAAUAUAUAAUAACCCUGAUAUGCCACAUGAUUAUUUUUUUAAAAAAUAUAUUUUAAGAGCCAAAAAAAAAAAAUGGCUAGAAACACAUUUAUAUCAUUCUAAGAAAUUUAAAAUGACUGAUAUAUAUGGUUAUAAAUUAGCUUUAAAAAAUUGUGAUAAAAUAAGUAGACGAAUUUUUAGAUAUCAUAAAAGAAAAUCAUUAAUACAUGAUAUGUCUUAUGUAGAAGUUUUACAAAUAUCUGGAAAUGAAACUGAUAUAAUUAAGAUUUUGAAAAAAAUUACAAACAUUGAACAAGCAAAUAUGUUAAGAGAAAAAUAUUUAUUAGGAAUUUUAUUAGGAAACAUAUUUAUUUAUAAAUAUGACAAUAAACAGGAAAAAUUAAAAUAUGAAAAAAAAGAUUUUCAAACAAACCAACUUAAUCAGAAAAAAAAUCAAAAUUUGUUCAAAAAUAACAACAACAACUUUUUCAAUGCAAAAAAUUGUCUUAUAUGCCCUGCAUAUUUUUUAUGGAGAUCUACAGAAAAAAAAAAAAAAAAAAAAAAGAAUGAAAUAAAUACAACUAAUCAAGUUAACGAAUAUAAAAAUGAUAAUGAGACAACACAAAUUAAGAAUAAAAAUACGAAUGAAAAUUUAAGAGAUCUUUGGAUAUUUAUUCAUCCAAUUUGUUUAAAAGAAGUUAUAGAAAAUUUUGAAACUUUAUUAUCUUGUGAAAUAAAUAAUAUUUCCAAUAAAGUGGAUAUAAAACAUAUUAAAAAUAUUUGUAUGUAUGAAUUAAUCGGACCUAAUAGUUUUAAUUUAUUAACAAAUAUUUUGAAAACCAAAUCAAAAUAUAUUAUGAAAGAAAAAAAAGAUAUUUAUCAUUAUAAAUAUGAAAAUAUAACAUUACCAAAAGAUUUUGUUAUUUCUAUGUAUGCAAUUCUACCUAAAACAAUUGGACCUUUUUUAUUAAAUUAUAAAAUAAAUGAAAAAAUAUCUGAUAGAUUAGUAGAAAAUGUAAAUAAACAAAGUUGUGUUCAAAAUAGCCAAAUAAAUGAAAAAAUUAUAAAAACAAAUAAAAAAAAUAAAAAUAGUCCUUGUCUUAAUUCUUUGAAUUAUUUACGAGAAAAAAAUGAAAAAGGAAAUAAAUUUUUAUUGAAAGAAAAUAACUUCAGUCCUUAUGAUAACAAUAUACUUAUGAAUGAAAAAAUAAAACAAAAUGUUAUAAAAACUUUUAAAAUUAAUAAAUAUGAACAUGUAAGAAGUAGGAAAAAAAAAAAAGUGAAAUUGGCCAUAUUAAAAAUGUUAAGAAAUAACAAAAACAUUGCGCCUUACGAUGUUAUAAAAGAAAAAAAAAAAAAAAAAAAUGAAGACGGAAAGGUAGGAGAUGAAGACAAAAAAAAUGAUACAUUUCUUAGCUUAGUGAACGAAGUAGAUAUAAAUAUAAAAAAUGAAAAAAAUAAUAGUACUAUAUUUGAUAACAAUAUAUUAGAUGAUUAUGUAGACAACUUUUUAAGUGAAUGCAAAAAAGAAGAAAUGGAUAAAAAUAAUCCAAGUGGUGAUAUAUGGAAUAUAAAACAAUCAGAACAAGAUGAAAUUUUAACAGAACUACAAAACACAAAAGAACAGAUUAAAAAUAAUUCACAAAAAUAUAUAAAAAUACCAAUAUUAAUAAUAAAUAAAAGUGAUAAUAAUAAUAAUAAAAGAUUUUUUAUUUUAUGUCCAGCAAAAAAAAAAAGUUCAGUUUUAUUUCAUUUAUUAGUUAGAAAUGGAUCAAUAGCUAUAGGAUUAAAAGAAAGAGAAAAAAUUUUUAAAUGUUUAGAUUUCUUGUGUUAUCCUAAAGAUUUUCCUGAUUCGGUUGGGGGAAUUUUUUAUAAUAAUUUAAGAGAACAAUUAUCAAAAAAAAAACAUUUUAAAAAACCUAUAAAUAAAAGAGUAAAUUAUUAUUGCUUAGGAAUAAAUAAUCCAUUUAAUUAUUCAUGGAUAUCUAUAUAUCCUUAUACUAAUAACAAUAUUAAAAUUAUAAGAGUUACAGAUUCGUAUAAUUCUUUUUUAAUUAAAACAUUUUUAAAUCGCUUUGUUUCGAUAUCUUUGAAUAAGCUGAACAAUAUAAAUGAUCUAGAAACAUUUUAUACAUUUAUGGAAGAUAUAAAAUCGAAGUUUUAUGUACUAUCCAGUUAUUUUAUUUCUGUUUAUGUCUAUGCAUAUAAGGAAGGAACCCCGAAACGGUUAUCCCACAUUUGCUCCAUGUCCUUGAAGAAGUUGAUCAAAUUUUUCACUCAGUAUCCCAACACGAAAAAGAUCCAAAAAUGGCUAGUCCACAAAAAAAUUGAAGAAAAAAAAAUAUAUAAUAGUAAAAAAAUUGAGAAGCCAAAAGAGCCAGUUAUUUCGAGGUAUAAAAACAGAGUAGUUAAAAAAAGGGAAUUAAAAAAAAAUGCAAAUAAUAAAGAAAAUGUAUCGUAUACACUUCAAACAGAAGAUAAACAAAUUGAUCCACAAAAAUGUGAAAAUAAUAACGAAGAAAUAAUUUUGGCAUCUAAAAAAAUAAUUGGUUUUGUUUCUAGUGGUGGACAUGUCCUAUCAAAAGGAUAUGGAUAUGGAGUUGCUCAUAUCUCCUUUUAUUUAUUUUUAGAGAACAUAUUAUAUCACAUAUUUGCUUUGAAAUUAAUUACGUCAAACGAAAUAAAAGCAAAUCAAAAUGGAACGGAAUUCACGUGUUUAGCGUUAAUGAGAAAUAUCAAUUCAUCACAUUAUUAUCACGUUUGGCUUAGCUUGGUAUCAGAAGGAAAAUACCUUCCUUUUUAA